AUGAGAAAACAUCCAGCGGAUCAUCGCAAAAGAGAGAAAAGAAAUAUUGCUCCAAAUCCAACGGCAGGAACUGUAAAUUUACAACAAAUCCACCAAGAAAUAAACAACAAGUUCAUUGAAGUUUGUAACUCCUCAGACAGAAUAUGCCAGGCAGGACCCCCGGGACCCGCAGGAGCCCUUGGGUAUCCCGGAUAUAAGGGAGAAAAAGGGGCCUCUGAAAAGGUAGGACCACCAGGCCCAUCGGGGCCUAUUGGGGCUCCAGGCGUGGGUGGCAAAGGAGGACCUGUGGGACCUCAAGGAGUAAAGGGCGACAAAGGCGACAAAGGAUCUGUUGGAGCUCCUGGAAUUAAAGGAGAUACUGGAGCUAAGGGUCGUCACGGACAAAAGGGAUCUAUUGGCUUAAAAGGGAACAAAGGCAUCAGAGGAUUGGUUGGUAUUCAGGGACCAAAGGGAGAAUGUGUUGUUCCACCGAAGAUCAUUGUGUCUUUAUCAACGAGACAGCAAUAUUCUUCUGUUGGGUUCAAGGCCAGACGUCGUCCAAAAUAACAUGGAGUAAGCUCGGAGGCACUCUAUCUGAUGCUACCGCGAAAGACGGUGCGCUUCGAAUCAACAGCGUUCAAAGGUCACAUGUGGGGUCGUAUAUGUGUACAGCUCAUACCGGUCUAGGAGUUUCCAGAAUCGCAGGCAGUUUACUCGUUAAAGGUAGAAUCUUUAACUUUAAAUACUUUCCAGCCUUGUAUUAAAAAAUUUAGGUAGCCAGCGUCUGUAACUCUCAAGUCAUGUGUCAUAGCCUGAGUCACCUCUCCUGACGCGCAAGACAAAGAAUAAAACUGAAGGGAAUGUAAAAAUUUCUCAAUCGAAUACUACUACCCAAUCUGAUCCUUGCGACAAAAACAUUAUUCCUAAAUUAUAUUUUUAUUUCAUUUUUCAUGUGAUUUUAUCAUCUAUUAGAGGAAAGUGAAAUUAAAGUGAACUUCUAAUACAACCGAGUGUAAUCCUUUUUGCGAGACGCUUACUUUUUCCUAUUGCUUUUCCUUCAAAUUGAUAAUCUGCGCGCGACAAAAUUUUCAAUUUUCAAAAACCUACGCAAACUGCAUAUAUCUGAGAUUAUUCGUGGUCUUCUAUUUUGUUUGUUAACUUGAUGAUCUUCUUUUUGUUUAGAGAUACCACAGUUUACUAACAAACCUCCACCGAAGGUCGUUGUAGAACAAGGAACAACUGUAACCCUCUGCUGCGUGGCCACAGGCUUCCCUCGUCCUAAAGUUGAAUGGACUAGGCAUCAAAGGUCCACUUUGUUCUCUCCGUUUUUCCAGGAAGACGGAUGUCUCGCAGUAAAUACCGCAAAAACACAUGAUGAAGAAGACUACAUCUGUCGAGCCACAAACAGCUUUGGGUUAUCGGAAACAAUAACCACGGUGACUGCUACGAAAUUAACUGGUAUUAUAACAAUUAUUACUUUGAGUACUUUCAACUGUACAUCCAAAACACAUUUCUUCCCCAUGUUGUUUAUGACAAACUGGACAGGAAAAUGUUUGACAAAAGUCUUAGAAUGGUAAGCACAUUCUUUUACUUUUAAUCAAAAACUCAAGCUGUGUACAAAUGUGUUUAUUCAGUUUGACUUGAAAGUUCUUGAAAUUUUGUGUUCCGUCUCUAGAUAGUUCUUGUGACUUUAUUCAGCAUGGACCUUCUCGCAAAACUGAUGGGAUGUACUACCUACGAGCUAAAAACACUCAACCAGCCUUUCCUGUAAGUCUGAUCCGUAUUAAAUAUAGUACGUAUUCCUCUCUCAAAAUAAAGGCAAUGCAGCCGACCAGUCAGCAAACUUGAUUAGAAAAGUUAAAUCUUCAACUGAAAUAACGGUUCAAGGCUGUAUUCAUGCAGUAACUGGAAACUUCCAAGUAAGAACUAUGAUGCAAAGAAAGUGGAGACCGUUUUCUAAGAAUGCUUUACGUAUUUCGUUGACAUGGCUAAAAAAGGUUUCUCUCGCAUGGUCAGAUUCUCAUUCAACCUGGUUUCUCUUUGGCACUUUGAAGGACCUCGUAGGCGUCUUGAUGUUGGCUAAUGUUGCAUUAUCUUACACCUGGCCUUUACAUAUCAAGCCCUUUUAAACAAAUUAUUUUGCAACAACAACAAAAUCGCUCCACGAACAUAAAAAGGUCAAAAGUUAACCAAUGAAGCACAAUGUGAACUUUUCCUCUUGUUUUCACGGACCCUCUCGCGAAACUACCGCGAUGUACCACGUAUGCGAUAAAAACACUCAACUAGCCUUUCCUGUAAGUCUAAACCGAAGAAAAAUGUAAUAUAUAUUCUUCCCCUAAAUAACGGCAAUGCAGCCAUGCCGGUCGGAAACCUUGAUAAGAAUAGUUAAAUCUCCAACUAAAAUAACGAUACGAGGCUGCAUUCACGCAACAACUGGAAACUUUCAGACGAGAACUAUGAUGCAAAGAGACAGAGAGCAACAGAGACUCUAUGGUGAGUAAGGCCCAUUACGAAGUUCAAAAAACAUGACGCUCAAGACACUGAUGACCCUAGAGGUCUGCAGAACGCAUGUUAUAUAGGAACUCCUUAAUAGGCCUUUCUAAUCAAAGUGUCUCUGGUUGAGCAUUGGAGCGCGGGAUCCGAACGUCUGAGGUUCCAUUCCUCAUGGGGUCUCAGAAAUUUUCUUUUUCCUACGCUUGUGACAAGACGAAAAAAGAUGUUUUCUAUUUCUUCACCGAGCUCAAGACUUACCAUCUUUUUUAAUGUUCUUGUAACAAAAUAUUUAAAUUGUUAAAAUAUAUAUUUUUAAGACAUGAAACAAUGCAUUUUUCCACGGUUCGGUAUCAGUGAAGCACUCAUUUUUUUUCUUUUUUUUUUUUUACUGCAGGUCUACUGCGAAUUGACAACAGACGGUAGAGGCUGGACUCUUACUUCCCGCUUUUCAAAUAAUGACGUCAAGAACUGGAUGGCUGACACUGGCCAUUGGUGGUACGACCGUCAAGUUUCCACUGGAAGGACAGAGAGUCCCUUUAGAAACACUGACAUGAUCUCACCAGCAUUUUGGUUGGUCAGAGGAAGCGAAUUUAAGAUCACGCUUAGUGACGACCCUAGUCACACCCCUCUGUUACAGACCACAGGUAACUGUUUGGGUGGACAAACAUUCCGAUCUAAAAUCACAAGUUAUGGCGACUUUAGAAAUGGCAAGGUCUGGGCCAGUGAUCAGUGUCUGGGAAGUUGUACGGUUCAAUAUGGCGGACAGUACAAGUCAACAGACGGGUUUCAACAGGCUGAUUGCAGUGGAAGCAUCCAAAGUGCUGACAAGAUCGGCUUCUGGUGUGACUGGGAUACUGGGGAUGGAACAGUCAUGAUAAUUAGUGGAGGAGGAAGUAGCUGUGCACGUGCAGAUCACGGCAUUAGAAUCUCAGAAACUAACGCUGCUUCUUUCGUUGAAGAGGAUAGCACACAAACUGAAUACGACUUUGGUUAUGAUGCUCAAACGAAAAGCGCUCCAUCCCUGUCCUACUCGUUGAACUUAUGGGUCCGUUAA